CUAAAGCAAUUUGCAUUACAGAUGGAGAUCUACAACAUCCUCCGUGAACGAAAUGUAAGAAUGUUUAGAUGCCUUGCGAUAGCUAAUGGGGCCAAAAGGUGACAACUGAGUCUGAAAGCUCAGACUCGGGGGAAUAAACUUUAAGAACUGGGGAGCGCACUACAAUGGACAGAAUCCACGGCGCACGAGCAUCUGCAAACCGUUGAUUAACUCAUAAGAAUGAGUGCUUGAUUGUUCAGUUGUGUGUGGCCAUUGCUGGGAAACCUCUGCCGUAGAAUGCAUUGUUAUCUCAAUCACAUCGCAGAAACAGGAAAAGUAGAAACCGAAUGGGUUGGAAUCGAUUCCUACGUUGCUUUUUCUAUCGAAUCUCUAUUAGCUUUUCUUGCAUGCCACCAGAAAAAGCAUCCGCAAUAUUAAAAUGGCAACCUUGAUUGACAAGGAUAUAUAUAUACACACACCUUGAAGCAGAUGAAGGAAUAAAAACUCUCAGAACCCGAAAACACAUCAACAAUAUUGCAUAGGAAGUGCAAACUCCGGAGAUAGGCAGAACGUAGACAUCAUGAGCAGAAGUACCAACACUACCUAUCCUCUUCCUACUCCUCCUCGUCCUCAUCUUACCUAUCGUGAGCCGUUUGAUCUCUACUUCGGGAAUUUUGAGGACGAUUUUGGUGAAUGGGCUUCUGGGAUCUCUGGUAGUCCCUUCUAUGAUAAUUUUCAAGCAACUCAAGUAACCAGAACAGGUGCGUCGGAUUCAAGGCGACCAUUUGAGGGAACGCUGGCGGUUGCAAGAUCUCUUGGCUCAGCAGGUUCAGCAGCAGCACCAGGUCCCCGAAUUCAUUUUCUGGUCCUUGGCGAUGAUUUGGCACGACAGGCAGACCCGAGGACUAGACAGAUGGUCGGUAACCAAUGGAAUACGGCCGCCCCUGGACUUGAAGCAGACUCCAGAUUGACCCAUAACGAGCAAAAGAGGGCGUUGCAGAAGCUGAAGAAAGAGAUAUACAAUCCUUUGAGGAGAAUAUCGAAGAGGGUGAACUUGUAUUACAGAGACACAGUUGUGAAGGAGAAGGAUAUAGAGAAUGAUGAAAAGAGGUGUACCAUUUGCUUGGAUGACUUUGAGCCCAAACAAGAGGUUAUGCUCACUCCUUGUAAGCAUAUGUUUCAUGAAGAAUGCAUUGUGCCUUGGGUGAAGAGCAAUGGUCGUUGCCCAGUAUGUAGGUUUUCUAUAUCUGAGUGAACAAUAAAUACCUCUUCCAGAGAAAAAGAAAUAUUACUAGAUUAAGAGUGUUAACGAGUUGCGGCAAAGAAGUAUUAUUGUAACAAGAACUAGUUUAGUUAUAAUAUUUUUAGUUGUUGAAAUAGAGUUUAAGUUAAAGAACCGGUGAAUGUUUUAAAGGGUAAAAGUGAAACGAAGGUGUUUCAUGGACAACCUCAAGUACUAAAAUUAUUAUUAAUACUUAUAUACACACACACACACACACACAUAUAUAGUACGAUACUUUGUAGAACAAUCAAGCAAACAUGUCAAGCAAUCAACAUUUAACUAUUAUUAUUAUUUUUUUCUAAUUCACAUCAUAAAGUCACAAUAAACUAAUAGAAACUAAGUUAGAAACAUAAAUUUUAUAAAAAUAAAAAAUAAAAAUAAAAUAAAAAAUAAAAA